AUGCGGAAGCCUUUUUUCCAUCAUGUUUGCGUUCAUGGUGCAACACCCAAAUUUGCUGCCGCUGCACAGAAACUGACAGAAGCCGUAUUGUGGAUAGAGCGUGCUCCUUCUGCUGUGGAGUUGUCUAUUCAUUUUGUACAACCCUCACAAAUGCACUCACUCAACUAUGAGUGUCGUGGAAUUGAUAAACCAACAGAUGUUCUAACCUUUCCUGGUAGUGGAAGUGGUACUUCUGAUGUUCGCUUAAUGAAUGAUGUUAUUCUUGGAAACUCAAAUUUUUCUUUUAAAGAAAAGGAGAAUGAUAAUGAUGGUGACUAUAAUAAUAUCAAGACAGAUUUACAAAUAUUCCAGUUACAACGACGUACUAUGCUUAUGGACCUUGGAGAGAUUUAUUUUAGUGUUGAAUACAUCUGGCAGCGUUGUCUUCAUCAGCCUGGAAGAAAUUUACCUUUUCAUUCUUAUCUGCAAGCAGCAUUAAUACAUGCAGUGUUGCAUGCGUUGGGAUACGAUCAUGAUACCGCAGAUGAAUGGAAAAGAAUGUCGAGGCGAGAAAAAUUUAUGAUGCAUCAGUUGAAUGCCUAUCGUCGCAGGUGUCCUGGGUACUUGCCAGAGUUAGAUGGUAUGGAAAUUAUUUUGUCCUCAACAAGACCAUGA